GUCAAGCAAACCAUGUCGUCCUGGAACGGCAACGAGACUGGGAUAGAACUGGGGUAACAAUCAGGUUGUUUCUGAGAUGAUUGGCUGCAGAGCGUUAGAUGCAACUGGAUUGUAGGGAGCGCAUUGCUGCCCGGAGGAGGCAUUUCACUGGCAAACUGACACAUUUCUUGAACGAGCCUGCCCAGUUUAGCGGGUUCCUGUACUCUUUCAGCAUAGCCAGGCGCCCGCCGGUGGCAUAAGUUUUGCAAUACACCAACAUGCUACUGUUGCCCAAAGAAUUAGCGCUGUUCCUGGUGUGUAUCGGCCAAGGAGGACUACCCUCUGGUGUGCAAGCAGCCUCGCUGUCUCAAAUUGAACUGGCGGAUGCACUGGAUGCCAUAGCGUCUCCUGGCCAAGACUCGCAUUCAUGGCUAGAGCAUACCGCUGCUGCAAUACCUGCCAUUGCUGCACUGUGCCUCUUCGUGGUCUGCAUAGCUCUGUGUGCUGGACGAAAGCAGCAAUUGAAUAUCAGUGAUGAAGGCGAGGCUGAAGAAGAGGGAACGACGUCAAUCUUCUCCUGUUGCCAGCCACGAAUUCUGAAUAAAGAACCCAGCGUUAUACCACAGGACAGCUAUGCAGUGCGUGGUCCCAGCACCCAGAAUUUAAUAGCAGACCAGACCACAGGUAGCUCUGACCGCGUGCACAUAGCCGGGCAAGGAGCAAGGCAAUCUCCAACCACGCAGCACGCUCCGCAGGGUACUCGAUCCUCACCAGACGUUACCCCAGGCACUCCACCAGAGACAGAGAAUGGAGAUGACAGCCAGCAGAAUAACAGUGGUGGGCCAUCGUUUCUGGGCAAAACGUUCGCCUCAUUCAAUGUCCUGCACUCCAAAUGGCGCAAUAAGUCUGAUUCUCCGACGGGAAGUAACGGCUCUAAAAGCAUGUCCAAGUCGCUGGAAGAUCUCUCACAGGUCGACACUGGCGCAGCUCCAGCGAAUGGGAAAGUAAAGCUCAUGCCCCCUCCGCACCCACAACCCUACGCCCGCCAUAAAUCAUCCCAGGAGGCGAGUGCAAACCAGUCAGCUAAGGGCAAAGCCCCGCCCGGGUACGAGGACGUUCAAGUCAGACCUCCAGUCAAGCAGCGCUCACACUCCAACACGGCCGGCAAAAGCUCCCGCGAGCACGUCUCCCAAGUGGCCAAGGAUGAUAACAACCCGACAGCAUCAGCAGCAGUACUACCGAUUGGUGGUGGCCUACUGAAGAGAGUCAAGAAGCCCAGUGUCGGUCAAAGGCGCACUGAGCCCACAAAGACUGACAGCACGGAAGGUGAUCCGACCAGUGACAAGACAACAAACCCAACGGCGGCUUCUAGCGACCACGAGGCCGAUCAAACGCCACAGAAGCUAAUUAUACAUCCUGCUCCAGUCGAGCUGGCCUACAACCAGGUUACUGUGCAACCCAAACCAUCAAGCAACUCUGAUCAGCAGAAAUCAAGCAGAGCUGCAUCAGCCUACGCCAUCUCAGGGCCGCUCAAGUCUCCACCCAAGAAACCCAAACAGCCGGAGGGGAUAGGAGCUUCGCCGGCAACUCCGACCUCUCCCCUCUCUUCGUCCGUGUCAUCCACAUCUGUUGCACUGCCCACACAGUCUAGCACCACAACUAAGCAAGCUACGCCAAGCACCCCGCCUUCACCGGCUCACCGCAGGCGCGCCCUGUCCAGCAAUCGACACGGCAAGAAAGUCAAGGGCUCGAAUGGCCAGGAGCAAGCACAGGUACCUCUGCCACAGCCAAGCAGCGACUAUGAAAGCAUCGCAAUAACGGGAAAGUCGGAUGUCCAAGUCCCAGCCAAGGAGACAACAGCUCAAACGCCAUUGGCGGGCAUGAAGCGCUACGGAGAACCACAUCCGAAGACGAAAGCUCUGCCAGAAGAUCCCAGCCACGAUUAUGAUGAACUGGACGACUGUGCGUCCAAGCAACACCCCAAGCCCAAUGAUGUCUACAGUGUGGUGGAGAAGAAACAGGCGCUGAAGCCACCGCCGAAAGACACAUACAGUAUAGUGGAUAAGAAGAGCACAUCGCCUCCAAAGCCCUCCGAUACCUACAGUGUUAUAGACAAGGCUAAGCCUCCAGCAACGUCCGCACCACCAGCAGCAGCAGCAGCAGCAGUUCCAUUGCCAACACCUAAAGAUCUUUACAGUAUUCCAGACAGGAAGGCACCAAAUCAACCAGCACCCACAGAGCUCUACUCCGCUGUGGAUAAGAAACCAGCAAAAGGCGACAAGCUUGUCUACACCGAACUGGCCUUCGAAGGAGAGCAGCAGGAACAGCCAAAUCAUGCCGCAGUGAAGAAGCCCACACCUGCACCUGUAGCACCCACCACUGUCUACGAGACACUGGAUAUGGACGUAAAGGCGGGAGAUGCUCGCCUGCCGCAACGCACCGUCGCUGGGCUAAGAGAGGACGAUAGUGACUAUGAAGACAUUGAGGGUGCCACGCAGAUGGGCAAGGCCAAGGGAGCGAAAUAACCUGCUUGCCGAGGCAUAGGUGGCAUCCUAUCAGCUGCUCGCAGCGGCGUACACUGACAUCAUCAAUGCCAGUUUCAGCCAAUCCCUCUAGCUCUCUCCUUGGACUUGAACACCCUAAUUACACGCUCAGUGUGCCAUUCAUGCGGCGGUGCGUGUCUGUCAGGUUACUUUUAUACUAAUAUACGUCGUUGGUCUUGGAAUUGUGUCAGUGAAUGUGUACAUGAUAGCAUGUACCCACGCCUUCAUGGCACUCACAGCGUUAAAAUGAUUGCACCGUACAUAAUCACUGCACAUAUCCUCUCCUCAGUAAGCAACACAUUCAAGCACUUCACAACAAAAACAAAACAUUCAGAACACGCCUCCCAGUACAUGUACAUGACAUGUUGGUGGAGAACUUGAUGCUUACGACUGAAAUUAAUUUUCUUUGAUGACUGCAUUCUAAGUUUCUAAAACCUUCGAUCAUGCUCUUGAAAACUAUGUACUCACUUUAAGUUAAUAAUUACUUUUAAACCCA